UAUUUCGAUCCGUCAAAAACUGAAGCAGGAGAAAAUAGACUAAUAACUUUGACAAUAAGAAGUAAUGAUGGUGUAAUGUAACAUGAAGUCUAAAAUGAGUGUAAGUGAAAAAAAAAGCUUGGCACGAGGUUUGUUUUCAUCAAGGCCGGAACUUCUCUCAUUUUCUAUUUUACACGGAAGACAUUGAGUGGAACUAACGUGUGUCGUCACAUGUGUUUUGAAAAGUUUAUGGGAAUGGAGCAGACCCACGGCAACCGUACGCACUAAUAUAUCCUCAAUUGUUUCAGUCAAUGUUUAAUUUUAACCUUUGCUGUCUUUGGAUAACCUUAGCUUCAUUUGGUUGGCUGACAUUAGCUCAAACCAGUGCGGUGGAGAUUUUCUGCAUUGUACCGAUUUCGUUUUAACGUAAAGUUACACGCUGGUUACCGAUAGUAGGAAGGAACCAGUUUGGAUAAUCGUUAUACUUACGGAUUAGUCUAAACAAAAGUUUCGUUCAAAAAUGGUGUUUUUCACCUGCAACGGGUGUGGUGAAUCCCUGAAAAAAGCUCAGGUUGAUAAACACGUGAACAUGUGCCGGGGUUGCCAGGUCCUGUCCUGCAUCGACUGUGGAAAAGACUUCUGGGGUGAUGACUACAAGAACCACGUUAAAUGUAUCAGUGAAGACCAGAAGUAUGGAGGCAAAGGAUAUGAGGCUAAGGCAAACAAAGGAGAUUUAAAACAGCAGCAGUGGAUCCAGAAAGUCCAUGACGCCAUGAACAAGCCUGGAGUCAGUGCAAAGCUAAAGGAUGUGCUCCAACAAGUCAGCUCGUAUGACAACGUACCGAGAAAGAGGGCCAAGUUUCAGAACUGGAUGAGAAACAGUCUUAAAAUAGCAAACACCGGUCUGCAUGAUGAAGUGUGGGACAUCCUUGCUGCAGGUGACAAUCCUCCUCAGGCCCCCCAGGAGACUAAAGAAGCUAAGCAGACAGUUGCUGAAGUCAAAGUGGAAACUAAUGGAAAUGAAAAGCAGAACGGCAGUCAAGACGCAGAGAAGAAGACGAAACUGAACAAACGGGAGCGUAAAGAGGCCCGGCAGCAGAAGAGUGGGAAGGCUGUGAAAACUGCUGAGAAGACAGAUGCACAGGAGCCAGAAGAAGGCAAAAAGAAAAAGAAGGACAGGAAGAGGAAGCUCAGCAGUGAGGGUGAAGAAGAGAAAGAGCAGAACGGUGCUGGGAAUGAGACAACCAGCAAGAAAACAAAGACAAUGGACCAAGAAGAUGUUGAAACAACAGAAGAGACAGAGGACCGAGAAGUUCCGAAAGGCAAAUUCAACUGGAAGGGAAAUAUCAAGGCACUACUGAAAGACUCAGAUGACCAGGAACUGCCAUUAAAGAAACUCAGGAAGAAGGUUGUGGCAGCGUACUUCUCUUUUACUGGCGAUGCAAAUUUUAGGAAGGAGGAAGAGGUGCUUGCUAUUUUCAACAAGAAGAUCAGCAACAAUCCCAAAUUUAGAGUUUUGAAAGAAAAAGUUAGACUUAUAAAUUAGACCUGUUUGUCCCGCCCGUCUGGCAUGAAAUGUAUUUUUCAUAGACUUUUAAAAUGUAAAAGCCUUCGUUGUCUGCCAUCCUCCCUUGGAUGUUUUUGUACAGAUGACCUAAUCUUAAAGAUUAAAUCAUUUUAUAAUUGAAUAAGGUGUUGUUUUACUGAUUGCAUUGAAUAGGGCUUUUACAAAUUACCUUACAAGGUGUCAUUGUUUAAUGUAUGAAAUGACAAUUGUGAUAGACGGCCGCUCUGUUUCACAUUCCAAGCCCGCGGUAAGUCUGGGAAAUGGCACCUUAUCUGUGGGAUUGGAUGUUGGAGUGGGGGAAGGGAAACAGGAGAGGUGCACCUGAGGUGAAUUUGACUCUCACACGGGACGAAGCUAAUGCACAUUCCUCGGCACCCCGAACAGGGUUCACUUGGCCAGGGACACAGAAGCUCCAUAGAAGCAAGAUGCUUGGUGUCAGCCUCAGGUGAAGUUUUAAUGCUGUCUGAUUUUCAACCGCUAGAAUGAGCAGCCUCUACCCUGUGUACACACACACACACACACACUCACACAGAAAUCAGCCCAGCUUUAUGAAGCUCUAGUAAUCCCGGCAGGUUUAACACUGAUGCUCAUUCAUCACACUGCUCACCUGUAAUUGUAUAUUGCAUACUUUGGGUAUUAGUCAAGCUGUUACUCAAGUUUUCUAGUAUCAACACACUGUUUUUGUGUUGUGUUAGUUUUAAUCUAGACCCCACAGGAUACUCCAGAAAAGCUGAAACUAAACCUGUCAUUGCUGUAGCAUAACAAAUCUAAGAUAGAUUUGAUUUUUCUCUACUACUUGAUACUGUCAAAUGUCUGUGUGGCUAUGUGUUUUCUGUGGGUGCAAUUUCCUACAUAGUUAAAAAAUAUGUCUUGUCUGUACUGAAACAAGAAUGAGAUUCACAUUUUUUCUUGAAAGGGAAAACUAAUAUCAGUCAAUAGUCAGGUGUUUUACUUCCUAAACUUGGUAAUGGGUGUGACCAUUAACUUAUAGUGCUAAUGUUAGUGUACACUUUAUUAAAUUUUAAAAGUGGCAAAUAUAUGGUGUGAAAAUGCUCUGUUACAAGUACAAGGUAGUUAAACAUUGCUCUCCAUUAAAAGUAUUCGAUUGGAACCAGAAAUUUAGAUUUGCAUGAAAACAUAGUCUCAUUAACGAAAGUGAGUACGAAGUGUGAAGCAUAUAUUCAGGUAAAUUAAAUGUACUUAUUUGUACUGUACAUCAGUGACUACAUGUAUUGUAUGCUUCUUUUGCUAUCGUAAGGAUGCAUAAACAUGACCAGGUAUUCCUUCUCUUACUAAUCCCCAGGGUAUGAGCCAGACUUCUCAGACUGAUGUCUCAGAGUAUGAGGUAACACUGUUAUCUGGUGCAUCUGCACAGGAACAACAAAUGCUCAGUGGUGGAGGAAGUGCACAGAUCUUCGAUUUAAGUAAAAGUAGCCACAGGCCUAGGGAAGUGGUAUAAAAUGUUACUCGGGUAAAAGUAUAAGCAUCAAAUACCAAGUGUACUUCAAUGAUAAUAUGAUAAUUUAUUUUCAAUCAUUAAUCUGAAAAGCAAGUAUUUAGUCAUCCAAUACAUUUUGUGUAGUGUAAGUAUAGAGGUCCUUGUGCAAAAGCUAACAUUUUACUACAUGCCUAAGAGUUUAAUUAACCCAUGUGAUGAUUAAAGAUGUAUUGCAGUCAGUUUUAGGUGUACCUAAAAGUCACCAGAUUGUUAGUGGUUGCUCCAGAAUAAGUGGUAGCGGCAGAAAGUAUCAUUCACUUCUCUUCACUACACGUGCCCUGACUGUGCCAGGUUGAAAUUGAUAGUGAAUUAGUAUAAAGGUAUCAGCAGUGUGUCAGAUUAGUGCCUGCGCUAUGUAAAAGUAUACAUUCAAGAUAGUUGUUGGAAUACAGGCAGCUAUUAUGCAUUCUGUAAAGUGUAUGAGGGAUGGAAUCAAAUGUGCCCUGUUUGACUUUUUUGUUCCAAUAUCCUCAGUUAGCCUUUGAGGGUAAGUUUCAAUUCCAGCCUGGUGGUCCAGUUUGUUUGAGGCUCUCGUGUCAGGAUGGCCUUCAUGGAUGUUCUACACAAAACACAGUGAUUGCAUUAGACAAGUAGUUUGUUGUAUAGAUAAAAAAAAAACACAUGGAAAAUGUUUAAUGUAGAUAUUGUUUAUGUGCUCGGUAAAACAGUACAUUUCAUCAGUGUGUUUUACAAGUACUAUAUUGUCAAGCCUGUUGAGGGUAGGUCUGCAUAACUCUCAGGCAAUAUUGCUUUCAUUCACAUACAUUUUGGAAACUAAACGUUGUAUUUUAUACUUAUGAAGUAACUUGUGGGCAUUAUUAGCUUAGUUUAAUUACUUGCACAGAUGAAAACAGAACAAAAUAAAGGAUUAAAAAAAGA